AUGACAACAUUGCGGUUAAGAAAUUGCAAGUUUGAAUUUGAUAUUAGCACCACUCACAUAAGAUUUGAUUGUCUUGAGGAUCUUCAUUUGCAUGCAGUUCAUAUUUCAGAUGCUCAAUUGCAAAGAAUUAUCGAUAGAUCCCCGUUCAUCAGGACUCUAACCCUAUUCGCUUGCCCAGGAAUAAGCAAAUUGCAAGUUUGUGGUCCAGUACAGCUGGAGAAUUUGAUUGUUGUAUGGUGCAAAUUCGAUAGUGUGAUGGUCCAGGCCCCAAAUCUUCAAUGCUUUAAAUAUGGAGUGCAUUAUAUUGAUCAUCCUUGCGAAAUUGCUAUUUUGGAUGGUUACAAUACUUUACAAACACUCGAGCUCGCUGGUGCCAGCAUCACAGACCAACAGUUUCGAGAUUUAUCCUAUAAGUUCCCAAACAUUUCAGAAUUGAAUCUAACAUCAUGCAAUAAGCUGAAAAUUAUAGAGAUUCAGAGUGAAAAACUAAAGAAGUUCACUUUAGAUGGGUUGAGUCUGGAAAAAUUCACGAUUCAAGCACCAAAUUUAUUGGAAUUUGAUUUUUAUGGUGGUAAAAUGCCCUUCUCAUCUAUGGAUCCUUCUUCCCUGGAAAGAGCCCAACUCAAUUUCUUGUCGCCGAGCACAAACUUUGGAUCAGUGGACAGUAGUUGGUACACAAAUCUUCAUCACUUUGUUAAAAAAUUCAACUAUUCUAAAGGUUUGAUAUUAAUGAUAUUUUGUCGCAAGACAAAGAACAUCCUUAUUUAUGAAAAUCCAAGAGAAAUUCUUAUUCCCCCAAGUCAUGAUGUCGAGAUAUUCAUUGCACCCAUACUGGGUGUUGAAUCGACCAUUAGAAAGUUAAUGCUCCACUGUCCCAGGAUCAUCUCCAUACUUCCAUGUACAAAUAGCAAAAUACUCCAGGUGUUUUCUGUACUAAAAGGGUGUACACAGAAGCAGAAUUGCAGUAAAGUAUGUCCAUUCAAUAGAGUGUUUUCCAACUGGCCUAGUAAAUUAGAAGACGUCAUCAAUUGUACUGGGACAUCUGAGGAGGGAAGGGCCUCCAUUUGGUAUUCCUGGUUGAAAUCCACGUCUCUAAUCGACCAAGUGACAAACUUGAUGCUCAAAUGGAGAUUAUAA